UUUCUAAUGAAUGGUUGUUGGGUUCACCCGAAGGACUUUCACCUUUUGCCCAAUUUAAUGGUAAAUACAUUUAUGGAUCUGAAAAUAUAAUCAAAGAAAUGCAGAAAUGGCAAAGAAAAAAUAAUAAAAAACAAAAAAAGAAAAAAUCUCGAAAAACUAAGAAGGCAGAAAAUGAGAUAAAAGGAGAAGAAAUUAUUGAAAAAAAUAUUAGUAUAGCCCCUCUUGAUAAAAAGUCGUAUAAAAACAGCGAGAAAAUUAUAAAUAUGGCUGAAGGCCUGCUUUACGAUAUUUUACUCUGCGACCGUGUCAAUUGUAAUAAAAAGAAGGAAACAUCGGAAUUAAGUAAUACAAGCACAAGUGCUUCAAAAGGAGGACUUGAAUUUUUAAUGACAGAUCCAGGAGUUCGAGAACAAGUUAUCCCAGCAAUGGCAAUGUCAGAUCUUAAAUUGGAUUUAGGAAUAGAUUUUGGAAUUGGAACUUCAUUUACUGUUAAAGGGAUAGAAACUGAACAUAAUUUUAUUCUUAAAGGAGUGUAUGAAGAAUUUUGGCGAGAUUAUUUUGAAUUAGCACGCAUUAAUGGGGAAGAAAUUAAUGAAAAGAAAAUGAAAAAGAUGAAACAAGUUGUGGAUGAAAGUUUGGAUGAUGAAAGUAAUUUUAAUUAA